UUUUUUUUAAAACUCUUUAACUCUACUCGUGAUUUGAUGUAAUCACGCAGGAAUCGAUGUAACUAAGGAAACCUAACGACCAUUCUUAGUUACGAUGUAACUAUAAACUAGAGCCAAAAAGUAUGACUAGGUUUUUAAACAAUGAACUCACUUUGCUUGUAUUGGUUGCUGAGGAAUGUCAAUAUGAUUCCAAUUUAGGUACACUUUUAGUUGCAUUAAAAGAUCUAUCAGCUUACUGUAACACUUGGUUUACAAACGAAAAAAGUAUUUACUCAGAUUUAGCUCGAUGCGGAACCGAAUGCGCUAUUUUGGUAUAUUUAAACGAAAAGUCGCUUACAAACACCAGGUUUCGCCAACUUUUUACUACACUUGUGGGAACAAAUUUGAAAAUUAUUAUUGUUAAAUACACAGAACCAUCCAAAGAUGUUAUCAUUAGUUAUUUUCCUUACGUUGCUAAACAACGUCUCAAAAAAAUAAUGAACUUGGUGAACGAGGCAAUAAUUGUUAAUUCUCAAAAUGUCUUGCUUUCAAUUAUAAUUCGGUUACAGCAGCUUGUUGAAAGUUUGAUUUUAAUGCCAGUGCCGGGAUACAAGGGUAAAAAAAAAUCUUUUUUUUUUUAUAAAGAUAAUAAUUUCUUCUCCUUAAGAGAUAAGCAGGUUAAUAACCCAUGCAUUUGUACUUGUAAUCCGAUAAAAGAAGCAAGAAAUACAACUAAUAAAAGUAACAACUCUGGUCCCUUUGCUGUUAAAAAACCUAUUAAUGAAAGAAAAUAUCAAAAAACUGCCAAAAAAGUCCAAAAUAUAUCAAACAAAAAACCACUAAUUUGUCCUACAAUAAAAAUCAGCACUUCAGAUAUUAACUAUAAGUUGCAACGAGCUUCACUUGCAGAUGAAUUCGAAUCAAUGAAAACCUCAACAGAAUCUGAAUCCACAAACAUGAAUCACUUAGAUAAUAUUGGGAAUUCAAGUGGACAAGUAGAAAAAAUGCUCUCUGCCGAUCAUCCCGAUAUGCGUUCUAUUCACCAUAUACCAUUAAUCAAAGAAUUUUUCCUGGAAAAGAAUGUUGAAAACAACGAAAAGUCUUGUCAACAAUUACCAAAGACUUACGUUUUGUUUGAUCCCUGUUCAAACUCCAAAAAUUUGUUAUACGUAAAUAUACCUCAUGUUGACAAUCUUCAUUUAAACGAUGUUGAUCAUCGUCGUCGGUCUCGCGAAACUUCACCAAGAAGCUCGAUGUUAUUUAACAGCAUGAGUUCUGAGGAUUUUAAUAACAUUGACACGGCAUACGAUUGCGUUAAUCUAUUUGAAUCUCCAAUUCCCACACCUGAUAUAAAGAUAAAGUCAAUUUAUCGCAAACCUAUUCCAUCUUUUUCACAAGAAAUGUGCUUUCCGCCUGUCGGUUUGUUUCCUUGCGAAAUACUGCAGGUUAAAAGACCGUCCAUAUUUGAUUGUUUGCGGAUGUAAAAAUAUUCAUUAAAUUAAUUGCAAUUAAUUUUGAGUAAGCAUGUACCUGAGUUGAAAAAUAAGACUUUAAACUCAGAAAAACUUUCGGUUUCGGUAAACUCAGAAAGUAUUACUUUCGGUGUUUAAAGUUUCGUGUAUUUAACUUUAAAAGUUAAAUACACCAAAAAAGUUGGCUUCAAAAUUUAGAAGUUGGAUACUUUUAUAAUUAUUUUGAACUAUUAACAUUAUUUUGUGGUAACAGUAGAUAACGGUGUUUUAACUUAUUUAUUUUUCAGCUGUAUUAUACCUAUUAGUUUCUAUAACUUUUAGUUUAUUUGACAACUUGAUACAAGUAUUAUUUAUAACUUAAUCAGCAAAGUAAAGUUUAUUUGU